CUCCUCCAGCACAAGCACACACACAUGAACCCACUCGGAAUGGGGAAGCCAGAAGCUGCUGAGGAAGGGAUGGGGCCGAUGGACAAAGGUCGACAUCGCUAUGCAAAGGGAGACUAUGCGCGAGCGCUUGUGGCCUUCACACAGGCUGUAAAUUACAGCUCCCAGCAUCUUCUACUCAAUGCUCUCGACGCUCGAGCUGCAACUUAUGAAAAGUUGGGUGAUCUGCAACCAGCACUUCGGGAUGCCAAGAAGAUGAUCGACGAGAUGCCAAAGCUCUCAAAGGGCUAUCUCCGUUGUGGAAAGGUUUUGCGGCUUCUCCAAAAACCCGAACUCGCUUUGAAGAUAUAUGAGAGAGGCCUUUCAAAGGUCAAGAUUGGGGCUGACGAUGAUCGCACUAAACUGCAAUUGGUAUACAACCAGUUCCGGCAGGCGCAGACCCCCGAAAAGAGCCGUGAUCCUCUGGAGUAUUUACCUCUGGAAUUAGCAGAAAUGGUCUGUCUGAACCUCUCCAUGCGAGAUCGAAUUGUUUGCCUUUCUGUCACGCAGUCAUGGAAGAGGUUGCUUGAAUCAUCACACAAGUUGUGGACGACGUUGGAUACAACAAAUGUCAAGAAAACUAUUAGCCAGAAAUCGUUGAAGGUCCAUUUCAGGCGGUCGAAGUGGACUCUGGAUCGUGCGAUUCUGAGUAUGAAGGCUAUUGACUCGCAGAGGCUGGGAUUCAUAACCAAAUCCUGCAGGAUGCUCAAGGAGCUACAGAUGCAUGGUCGAGGGAUGAUUGGUGAUUCGCUGACUUUCGCGUUGUCUGAUGCGAAGAGUCUCGAAACCCUCUAUGUCUCUCAAAAUACCGAGAUGAGCCUUUCCACUGUCCAAUCGGCUCUCAGAAUUUGCAAAUCAUCUCUGGUUACUGUUACGGCCCUCAGAGUAACCGGACCCCGUGGUGGAUUUCUUACUGGAAGAUGGGCUGUGAUGGAAUCACUCAAGACCUUACAUCUCGAGUCCGAUGGGCAAUCAGCCCUGGAUAUUCAUGGCCUUCGGGACUCUACACCGAAUGCUAGUUCAGUCACCUUGAAUAACUGGGGUAACCUGCCAAACCUCGUCGACUGUACAACGUGGACUAAUCUCGAGCAUCUGGAUCUCAGUAACACACAGAUUAGGCGCCUGCCCAAAUUACCCAACACAUUGAAGUCUCUCAAUCUGAGCGACAACGCUUUGCUGCACGUUGGUGUGGAUGAAGAGGGCCCAGCAGAGCUUCCUUUACUCGAAACCUUUAACUGCGAGGGCACUAACAUCAGCUCUGAUGUGCUCAAAGUCCUCACCAUACGAUCAAUUGCGAAUGGAAAACUCAAGUCUCUCUUGAUUGGCGCACGCCUUUCCGAGCAUCGCCCAGGACCGGCUGCAGACGAGUAUCCUCCGUCCGAAGAAUUGGAAGAGCUCUCACUCAAUACGAUGCAAAUACACGAUGCAAGGAUCCUUCAGAUCAUCGAAUUGUACCCAAAGCUACGGAAGUUAGAUGUCUCAGGAACGAGGGUGACUGGAGUCUCAGUGCGGAAGUUUGUUGAAAGGGGGAUCACAUCCUUGAACCUCGAUGAGUGCGUCGACGUUAGCUCGGAUGCUGUGGAUUGGGCUCGGUGGAAGGGCGUUGAAGUGGAAUUCAAUUUCAACCGCAAGGACUCCAGGAAGUCGUUCUGGAACAGUUCUUUUGCGCAGAAGUUUGCAUAAUCGUAAGGAUGGCAGCUUGGAGCAUUUGACUGAGGGCGUUUUCUCUUCAUUUUGUCACAAAAUCAGCGUCUACGAAAGGAUAGGGUGAUGCAUAAAGGGCGUACACAUCUGGAAAGUCUGAAUUUGACUGGUGCUGGCAAAAAUGGUUUGUUUUUCCAUGUGGAUGUAACGCUACACACUCGCAGAAGCUUCAGAUUAGCACUGGAGCCAAAACGAAGUCUCAUGACCAUCAAAUUUCAAAUUGCCUCCAUCUAGAAGUUUCUCGUUCCAGACUCAGGUUCUCU